AUGAAGCAGCCAGAGGGUGAUGGUGUCAUUCUUCUCUACGUCACCAGUGUUAUGCUGGUGUUGAGCUGGAUCGUUUUGAUCGCACGUUUCGGGGUUCGCAAGUGGAUCAAUGCCAUCGGGACAGACGACAUACUCAUGGCUGCCGGACUCAUGCUCUACUCCGUCACCGCCUCGCUUGUCAUCGUGUGUUGCUUCUAUGGGGCAGGGCAAUACGCCAAAUAUAUCGACGAUAGUGAUAGCAUGCAAGGCACAAAGUUGUUUUUUAUUGCCGAGUUUUUCUACGCAUCUUGCACAGUUCCCAUUAAAAGCAGCAUCUGCGUCUGUCUGCUUCGUAUUGCAGAUGCCCGCCGCCGCUUCGUCUGGACGCUUUACGCAAUCAUAGCCAUGGCAGCAGUGGCGGCUGUAAUCUUCAUUGUGGCCAUCGCCAAUCUGUGCCAUCCCAUUACCAAGCUGUGGGGAGAAACGACGAAUGGGACAUGUAGUCCAACUCUCAACAGUAGAGUCAGUUUCUUCUUCUCAGCCGUGUCUAUCGUUACGGACUUUUCUCUCGCCAUCCUUCCAGGAAUCUUGCUGUGGAGAAUCCAGAUGAAGAGGAGAGUAAAGUUCUCCGUAGCCGUCAUGCUUGGUCUCGCUGCAUUUGCAAGCUGCGCCACCAUUGUCCGUCUGCGUUAUUUGACUCUUUACAACGAUCAGGCAGAGUUCAUGUUCAGCACGGGGCAGAUUGGUCUCUGGUCCAUCAUUGAGGAGGGCAUCGGUAUCAUUGCUGGCUCUAUGCCUGCUCUGCGACCUCUUCUCACCUUGCCUAUUUUUGGCCGCAGCACCAUACGGAGCAGCAACAACCAGCAAUCGGCUCCGCAUGAGCGGCUCACGCCAAACCCAGCGCAAGGCUUCAAGGACGAAACGACCGACGAAGUGAAUAUGAAGACAUUUCGCACCUCAUCAUCCAACGAUUCGCCAGGACUGCACAAGAUCAGGACAAAGACCAGAGGUUCAUCAGACGAUGGGGAUAGUCAGAGGAAUAUCUUGAAAGAAACACAUUGGACUGUGACAGCAGAGCACACCAACCCUGCAGACGAUUGGGCCAGGCAGCGUGUGCUUGGCUGGAGUAAUCGAUCGUAG